AUGGCAAGCUCACCCUCCCCCCAUGACAUCAACUUCUGUGUCUUGUCCCUGGAAGGAGCAAAAGCUUCCGCCCUGGUAUCUGAUGUGCUCAACGCGACACUCGGCUUGGUUAGGAUGCCGCAAAGCCCUGGUUCGUUGGGACAAUCCUCCCGCUGCACACGCCACAGAUGGGUGAAGGGCAAGAUGCAUGCAACUCUUCGGCUCAGGUACCCGUACCGGCACUUGUGCAUCCAGUGUACUGCAGUACUAGGAAAAGCAAUGGCGAGACUCGCGAAGGCGCCCUCACCGUUGAUGAGUGGGCGUCCGGAAACGAAGGUGAGAGGCUGGGUAUGCAGUCUCAAGUUGCACAACAUCUUACAAUACAUGCCAAGCAGGCACACACCAACGUUCAACAGCGUCUCUAUCAUAGCCUUGCCUUCCCAUGAUAAUGUACUUCUCACAGAGAUCGGUGUGAAUAUCGGUGUGGAUAUCGGUGUGGAUAUCGGUGUGGCGCUGUGGUCUAGCACGACCGACAAGAGAUACCCCGCACUACACCAUGACCUGUAG